AGGGAAAUACUUUAUUAUUCCGAUCUGUACGGGGACUUCUGCCAUUGACAUUCAUUUUUUACCUACCGAGUAUACUCAAAAAUUGUUGGAGCUCAAUCCUUUGAAUUAUGACUCAGCAAAGUCAAUGUUUCUUGACAAGUAUGAAUAUUCGAGGCAGACAACUGAAAUUGGAAGAAAUAUUGUGAUUCAAGGCCUCAAAUUACACUAUUCGUCUGAUCUUAAUAAUAAAGACUUUGAAAGUCUUUCAUCAGAGUUUUGCAACUUUGUUCUGAAUCAGCAACACUUUCGCACAGCGAUUUUUGACACUGGUUUCAUUCCAAAGUUCAUUGAUGAUCUCUUGAAUCAUCCUGUUCUCAAGUCAGAUCUUGAUUGGGGGAAUCAACUUUUUGCUCAAAUGUCAAGUCGGGCUGUAGCUACGGUUGGAGAUAAGCCUGGCGAUUGGAAAAGCUUUUAUGAUAUACGUACUAUAAUUUUAUUUGGGCUUACUGGUCAACCUAUUAACAGAGAUUUCCGAUUACCCAGCCGUACUUCUAUUGGCGAACUUGAGCGAGCUGGUUUGAUCUAUCUCUCUUGCUUGGAAGGUGAUUCGUACACCAUUAAUAUGCCCUUCAUGCUAUUGAAGAUUCUCAACAAUAAGCUUCUAGUUUCUAAAGUAGAAAAGUCAAACUUACAACAUGAAAGUGAUUCUAAUACACGAUUACAAAUCAAUGACCAAAUCGAAAUUCUAGAAAAAGAUCUCGAGGAUGAAUUGAAAAAGAACUGGCGAUUAUCUGAUGUAUUUCGUGGAGCAAAAUGCGUAGAUGCACUUCUUCAACGUAAA